AUGGCCCCAGCUGUCACCAGGCUCAUUUGUUGGUUUCCGAACUGCAAUCAGGUCUUCAAAAACAAGUCUGGCCUCACUCAGCACACACAUGCGAGGCAUGGCACCCCACAAAUACAAAACCUCAAUCGCACAGCUCCGCUCACAGGUCCUGGAUUCAUACCUCCACGGAGUCGUUCUCCCACUCCAGCAGGUGUUAUCGAUGAGAAUUUCUAUCAAGACCCGGCAGGCGACCAGGAUUUUGUACUGGAGGAAGGACUCAAAUGCGAUGCUAAUGGGGCAUUUAUUAACCAGGAUGCACCCCUGCCACCUCAUACGGAUGCCCUCCCAACCGAUUGGAUGCCUUAUGACAAUCGUGCUGAAUUUGAGAUGGCGGAAUUCUUAUUCACGCGCAAUCAAAUGUCUGCAAAGCAGAUUGAUACACUUCUCGACUUGUGGGCCGCGACUCUCAUUAAGCACAAUGACGCCCCCCCAUUUGCAAACCAUAGGGACAUGUACGCUACAAUCGAUGCAACACCACUCAGCGAUACCCCUUGGAAGAGCUUUACAUUGUGCUACAAUGGAGCCAAACCUGAACAAGACGUACCGCCGUGGAUGGAUGGACAAUAUGAUGUGUGGUAUAGAGAUCCAUUGCAAAUGAUGCGCAGCAUUUUGGCAAACUGUGCUUUCGAUGGAGGAAUUGAGUAUUCACCCUACCGCAAUUAUACUACCAAGGACAAACAAUAUUGGAAGAACUUUAUGUCUGGUGACUGGGCGUGGAAACAGGCAGAUGAUAUCGCUCGAAAUGAGGAGAAUCAUGGUUCAACAUUUGUACCAUUGAUUAUUGGCAGUGAUAAGACUGUUGUUUCUGUUGCUACUGGUCAGACCGAAUACCACCCACUCUAUCUCUCAAUCAGGAACAUUCACAAUAGCGUACGAUGGGCACAUCGCAAUGGUGUUGUGCUCAUUAGAUUUCUUGCGAUACCGAAAUCUACGAAGGAACAUAAUGAUGACAUCAAAUACAGAAAUUUUCGAUGGCAGCUGUUCCAGUGCUCCCUUGCAAAGAUUUUUGAGUCUGUGAAACCUUUCAUGGAAAAUUUCGAUGUCACACGCUUUCCGGAUGGCCACUAUCAACGAACGGUGUAUGGCUUGGGCCCUUACAUUGCGGACUAUCCAGAACAGAUACUUCUCUCUGGCGUCGUGCAGAACUGGUGUCCACGCUGUCUAGGACAUGGGAAGGACCUUGACGGCUCUCAACCGUGUCUCCAUCGAUGCGAAGCACAUACCGAGUUGCUCAUUGAACAACUCACAUACAAACAGGCUUGGGAUGAGUAUGGCAUCAUUGCUGAUCUCAUUCCAUUUACAAAUGACUUUCCUCGAGCAGACAUCCACGAGCUCCUAUCUCCGGAUAUCUUGCAUCAAAUAAUAAAGGGAACUUUCAAGGAUCAUCUGGUUGAUUGGGUGGGAGAGUAUUUACUGAUCACACACGGUACCCGUCAUGCAGCUGAGAUAAUGGACGACAUUGACCGCAGGAUAGCAGCAGUUGCCCCAUUCGCUGGGUUGCGAUGCUUUCCUGAUGGGCGAGGUUUUCGGCAGUGGAUGGGUGAUGACUCAAAGGCAUUGAUGAAGGUCUAUCUAGCUGCAAUUGAAGGUCACGUUCCUCAAGAUGUGGUGCGCACAUUCGGUGCAUUUUUAGAAUUUUGCUACACUGUGAGGCGUGAGGCUCUCACUGAAGAUGACCUCAUAAAACUACAAGAUGCCCUCGACCACUUUCACCAAUAUUGGGAGAUCUUCAAGACAACCGGUGUGUCCAAGCACAUCAAGGCAGUUAAAGAACCUUGGCGCCGAUCUAGCAGGUUUGACGCACUCAGACAAAUGCUACUAACAAAUCAAUGCCUCGACAAACUUGCAGCUGCUCGCAUAGAUUUUGAGGCACAUGGUAUGCUUCAUGGCUCUUGCCGUCCUGGGCGUCUGCAUAUCCACAAGCCUCAAAAUCAUUCUGUUGAAGUGGAUGCUGGUGAGAUUAUUGAUGGACCGGCUGUGGAGCCCCAUGUUGGGCUUGCAUUAACUCCCUGUUGUGUACGAAAUGUUCAUGCACUCAGCCUCGAACUCGACCUUCCAUGCCUCCCAUUUAUGAUUCAAGAAUCCAUACAUGAUCAACACCAUUCAGAAGAUCCCAACCCUCCUGAGUUUGAUCCGGCAACAGUGCAAGUAUUCCUAGGGAACCUCACCAUCUUUAAUUCUGCUGCAGCCUCGUUCCAUGCACCCAGUGAUCUGAGUGGUACGGGAGGUAUGCGUCGCGAGCACAUCCGGGCAACACCAUCAUGGCGCGUUGGUGAACCGAGGCAUGACUGUAUCUUUGUCAACAUGGUUCUUUGCUUUUUCUCAUUUAACUAUCGGAUAUCAUACUAUCCCUGCAUCAUAGUUCAUUGGUACUCUUAUGUCCGCGAAGAACACGAUCCCAACACAGGCAUGUAUGUCAUCACACCGACGACAACUGGUGAUGACAUCCCAGACAUCUCAAUUAUUCACGUCAAUUGUAUCUUUCAUGCUGCCCAUCUCAUUCCAGUCUAUGGCCCAGACUUUAUCCCAAAAAUAAGUCCACACAACUCAUAUGACAUGUUCCACUCAUACUACGUCAACAGAUACGCAGAUCACCAUGCUUUUGAAAUAGCGUGA